AUGGCCUCCUUCAUGGUCGACCUCUGGGAGGGCAUCUUCACCCCCGGCCCCACGCCCACCCUCCUCAAGGCCACCAACGCCUCCUUCGCCGCCCUCCAGCUCGUCCUCUUCCUCCUCCUGCUCGCCACCUACAGCGUCCACUUCGUCGUCCUGACCAUCCUCUGCGCCGGCCUGUGGUGGAGCGUCAACUGGUUCGCCACCGAACUGUACGCCGUCCAGGCCCGCGAGCGCGAGGAGGAGGCCAAGCGUAAGGAGAAGGAGGGGGAGAAGCAACGGCAGUCGGACGCCGAUGAUGAUACCGAGACCGAGGUCGAGUCCGCCGACCCGGCCAAGAAGCCCGUUCCUGGUCCGGUCCCCGUCCCGGCUGCCCCGGUUGAUGCGGGUCUGGAACCGAUCGAUCCCCGGGGCGAGGUGACGCACCGUCCUGGACCGGGGACCCAGUCGAGCGCCAGCACCGAGGACGAGUGGGAGAAGGUUUCGGAGAAUGAGAAUGACAAGGAUAAAUAG